AUGUCAAGGUGGGCUGUAUGAUUGCUUGCUUUGAAAUUUGCUCUCCUUUUUGCGUGUAACGAGGAUCUUACCAACAUUAUCCAAAUCUUUUAUUGCCAAAAGGACCGAAAAGCAUGUCAUUACUUUUAUCCUAGUACUCAUAUCUUCCUUUGUUUAGCUGGAGAAGUAGAUGAUGGAUAACAUUUAAGCUUUCACAAAAGGGUUUUUUUAGGCUGUUGUUAGCUUUAGGAAAAUCUAAACAUCUCGAGACAUUUUUUUCGCACCUCACACUUUCAAGCAAUUUUUUAACACAUUUUUAAGCACUUUAUCGAGCAGGAGCUAGGCUAAUGAGCUUCAAUGAAUUCCCUAAAUUAACAAGGGUGCUUGUAAAUGCGUCUCGCCUUUCCUCCACGUACACCCACUUUCUAUAAAAGCCAUAGCACCUCUUAUAAAAGAGAGAGUGGGACUGAAGAGCAAGAAAUGGGGGGUACUUUAGUCUGAAGCAUCCAUAGAAAAAUGAGAAACUGCUGCUGAUCAUUGUAUUCCCCCGCCUCUUUUUCAAAACCAUUAGUCUUUCUACACAAAGCGGUUGGAAAAGGAGUUGCAAAACCUCUCUCUCUCUCUCUCUCUCUCUCUCUCUCUCUCUCUCUCUCUCUCUCUCUCUACCAUUAUUCAGAGCAAAUGCCAACUUCCUUGCAUCCCUUCUUCCUCCUCAUCUUGUUCAGUUCCGUCUUCUCUGCAGAUGAGAUCCAACUCAUAAUCGUGAACAACUGCAAUGAAACCGUAUGGCCCGGUAUCCUCGGCACGGCAGGCCACCCCACUCCAAACAAUGGCGGUUUCCGCCUCUGCAGCGGUGAAGAAGCAGUGCUCCAACUUCCCAACCGGUGGUCCGGAAGAAUCUGGGGGCGGCAAGGUUGUUGCUCCGACCAAAAAACCGGUAAAUUCUCUUGUCAAACCGGGGAUUGCUCUGGCCUCCUCCAAUGCAUGGGCACGGGCGGAAUUCCACCCGCAACCCUAGUCGAAAUGACACUCGGGACCCCCAAAUCACCCCUCCACUUCUACGACGUCAGUUUGGUUGACGGUUUUAACCUUCCAGUGUCUAUGGUUCCAAUCGGUGGUGGCAUUGGGUGUGGGGUGGCGGCAUGUGAGGCAGAUUUGAAUGUUUGUUGCCCUUCCAAUUUGGUGGUCAAAAGGCAGGGGAAGGUGGUUGGAUGCAAGAGUGCUUGUUUGGCUUCUAAGUCUGAUAGAUAUUGCUGUACAGGGGGAUAUGCUAAUCCAAAAAUGUGUAAGCCUACGCCUUUUGGACAUCUUUUCAAGGCAAUUUGCCCUCGGGCUUAUAGCUAUGCGUAUGAUGAGGCUACGGGGCUGAAGACGUGUAGGGCUCCGCGGUAUGUCAUUAGUUUCUGUCCUCCGAAAUGAUGGAAGGUUUCGGCGUGUGUUAUCUGUUAUUUUAGCUGUUCUGGGGCUUUCUGUUUGAAGUUGAUAGUAGUAAAAGUACUUGAUUAUGUGAUUUGUGGUUGAAUUUUCUGGGGAUAUGAAAUCGUAGUGGGGAAACCGGAUAUCUGGUUAUUUCUAAAAUGAAGAGUUGGUGGAAGCAUAAUUGGUCUUCCCUUCUUUA